CGGGGCGGCGGUGAGCACCGCCCGGGCUGGACAUGGCGGCGCUCUAUGCCUGCACCAAGUGCCACCAGCGCUUCCCCUUCGAGGCGCUGUCUCAGGGGCAGCAGCUGUGCAAGGAAUGCUGGAUUGCUCACCCUGUUGUGAAGUGCAUCUACUGCAGGACUGAGUACCAGCAGGAGAGUAAAACCUAUACAAUAUGCAAGAAAUGUGCUCAGAACGUGCAGCUGUAUGGAACGCCUAAGCCUUGUCAGUAUUGCAACAUAAUUGCAGCAUUUAUUGGCAAUAAAUGCCAGCGCUGCACGAAUUCAGAGAAGAAGUAUGGACCUCCAUAUUCUUGUGAGCAGUGCAAGCAGCAGUGUGCGUUUGACAGGAAAGAUGAUGGAAAGAAGGUAGAUGGGAAGUCGUUGUGUUGGCUCUGCACACUGUCAUAUAAGCGUGUCCUUCAGAAGACCACAGAGCAGAGGAAACAUUUGAGCAGCUCUUCUGGAGCCAGCCAUCAAGAGAAGGAGCAGUACAGCCGCCUGAGUAGUGGCAGCCAUUACAGCAGCUUUUCCCCAGACCUGGCUCUGGAUUCACCUGGCACUGACCACUCUGUCAUCAUUGCCCAGCUGAAGGAAGAGGUAGCCACUUUGAAGAAGAUGCUGCAUCCGAAGGAUCAAAUGAUCUUAGAGAAAGAGAAGAAGAUCACAGAACUGAAGGCUGAUUUUCAGUAUCAGGAGUCUCAGACUCCGGCCAAAAUGAAUCAAAUGGAGAAAACCCACAAGGAAGUCACAGAGCAAUUGCAGGCCAAAAACCGAGGGCUUCUGAAAUAGGCAGCUGCUUUGUCCAAGAGCAAAAAGUCUGAGAAGUCAGGCACUAUAACAUCUCCGUGAACACCCCGAGAAGGCUCCCAGCAACACCAGCCAGUGCUCCUGGGUCAGGGUUGGCAACCUGGCUGUUCUGGGAAUUGUGCUUUCCUACAAAAUCUCUAUUUUCUUACCGUUCCCCUUCUUUGUGCGAAUGCAGUGGGCUGAAUGGAAACACCUGGUUUGUGCCAUGCUAUGACUGCAUGCUGAGCGUGUGGGAUUUCAGACCUGCUCCUCCUCCUCCGCUCCCCUCUAUGUCAGUACUCGAUGUUUCCCAUAGUGGUCACUGCUCAGUGUAAUGUGCAGAGUUUCUGUCUGCUGUCACACCUGUCGUCCGCUGUGCAUCACUGCCACCCUCUGAACCUUGAAAACUGCCACCUGAGACUUUGUGCAGUGAGAGAGCCUUUCUCUCGCUGAUAAACCUUUUGCUUCAGGGUA